AUGACCGACUCAUUAGCGGCUCAAUUGAGCCAAAUAGGUCUCAAGGACGAUGCGAACUGGAAAGAGAGUUUGAAAGCUCCAACAAAAGAUAGCAGACAGCAAACAGAAGAUGUGACUGCGACAAAAGGCCUAGAAUGGGAAGAGCUGUACAUCAAACGAGAACUGAUGAUGGGUAUAUUCGAGGCUGGAUUUGAAAAGCCAUCCCCAAUACAAGAAGAAGCCAUACCUGUGGCACUAACAGGCAGAGAUAUCCUGGCUAGAGCAAAGAACGGAACAGGGAAAACCGCAGCAUUCGUUAUACCCACCCUUGAACGAAUUAACCCAAAGAAACCAAAGACUCAAGCUCUGUUACUGGUUCCGACUCGAGAACUGGCCCUUCAAACAUCUCAAGUAUGCAAGACAUUAGGCAAACACCUGGGCAUCAAUGUCAUGGUUUCAACCGGUGGAACAGGCUUAAGAGAUGACAUUAUCCGUCUAGGAGAGCCAGUACACAUCAUUGUGGGAACACCUGGCAGAGUGUUGGAUCUUGCGAGCAAGGGAAUUGCAGAUCUAUCGGAAUGUUCAACAUUUGUCAUGGAUGAGGCCGAUAAGCUGUUGUCGCCCGAAUUUACAGUUGUGAUCGAGCAGUUGCUGAAAUUCCACCCUAAGGAUAGGCAAAUCAUGCUGUUUUCUGCUACCUUUCCUGUGAUCGUCAAAUCAUUCAAAGACAAACACUUACGGAAUCCCUACGAAAUCAACCUCAUGGACGAACUCACCUUGCGAGGAAUCACACAAUACUACGCCUUUGUAGAGGAGAAACAAAAGGUUCAUUGUUUGAACACACUCUUCUCAAAACUGCAAAUCAACCAAUCUAUCAUCUUCUGCAAUUCUACCAAUCGAGUAGAGCUACUUGCGAAGAAAAUCACCGACCUCGGCUACUCUUGUUACUAUUCUCAUGCACGUAUGCUUCAACAAGCUCGGAACAAGGUGUUCCACGACUUCCGUGCUGGUGCUUGUCGAAACCUGGUCUGCUCUGACCUGCUCACUCGUGGUAUCGACAUCCAAGCUGUCAACGUGGUUAUCAACUUCGACUUCCCAAAGAAUGCAGAGACCUACCUUCAUCGUAUUGGUCGUUCAGGAAGAUUUGGCCAUCUUGGUCUCGCCAUUAACUUGAUCAAUUGGGAAGACCGUUUCAACCUCUACCAGAUUGAGCAAGAGCUUGGCACGGAAAUCCAGCCAAUUCCUUCCGAAAUCGAUAGAAGCCUCUACGUGUACGAAAACCCAGAGAAUAUCCCUCGCCCUAUGCCUACACAAACUCAAGCUCUCCCAACGAACGGCUCUGCACAGGGUCAACCGCAGCAAUCCCAACUUCAAAAUGGGAGAGGUCACUACAAUAAUCGCGGUUACAGAGGCCGGGGUCGUGGUGGAGUGCGUGGACGUGGAGGUGGUAGAGGUGGUCAACAGAAUGGUCUUCCUCAACCUACCCAAGCAUAA